GUAGAAGGUGGAGUUGAGCAGCUCUUCCAGCCUGCGCGGAACGUCGUUCUCCCGGUAGUACUCCAGAGCCUGCUGCUUCAGCCUCUGCAGCUCCCUAGGGGUCCCGCAGCCGCGGCCGCCGCCUUCUUCCCCCAUGAGGAGAGUGUUGGCGUGUACGGAUUCUGUGGGUGUACAGCAAAGAACAAAAUGAAGUGUGAUUCAAGGCGGGAAGUAACUGCUUCAGAAACGGCUCCCACGUCUGCAUAUUCAUCUCCAGCCCGGAGUCUGGGGGACACAGGAAUCACACCUCUGUCCCCUUCCCAUAUCGCGAAUGAUGCCGACCCGAACGUGUCAGAGCAGCCGACGUUUCUCGUGGUGGUGGCCAUCGACUUCGGGACCACGUCUAGCGGCUAUGCCUACAGCUUCACCAAGGAGCCAGAGUGUAUCCACGUGAUGAGGCGAUGGGAAGGAGGCGACCCUGGAGUGUCCAACCAGAAGACCCCCACCACAAUCUUACUGACCCCCGAGAGGAAGUUCCACAGUUUUGGGUACGCCGCCAGGGACUUUUACCACGACCUGGAUCCCAACGAGGCCAAGCAGUGGCUGUACCUGGAGAAGUUCAAGAUGAAGCUGCACACCACUGGGGACCUCACCAUGGAUACAGACCUGACAGCAGCCAACGGCAAGAAAGUUAAAGCCCUAGAAAUCUUUGUUUAUGCCCUGCAGUACUUUAAGGAGCAGGCAUUGAAGGAGCUGAGUGACCAGGCCGGUUCGGAGUUUGAGAACUCUGAUGUCAGAUGGGUCAUCACGGUACCUGCCAUCUGGAAACAGCCUGCCAAGCAGUUCAUGAGACAAGCUGCCUACCAGGCAGGCCUAGCCUCCCCUGAGAACUCGGAGCAGCUCAUCAUUGCCUUGGAGCCGGAGGCGGCCUCCAUCUACUGCCGGAAGCUGCGACUGUACCAGAUGAUUGAACUGAGCAAGGCCGCGGUCAAUGGGUACAGCUCCAGUGACACAGUAGGAGCUGGGUUUGCACAGGCUAAGGAACACAUACGGCGUAAUCGGCAGAGUCGGACUUUUUUGGUGGAGAAUGUCAUAGGAGAGAUCUGGUCCGAGCUGGAGGAAGGUGACAAGUAUGUGGUUGUGGACAGUGGCGGUGGCACCGUAGACCUGACAGUCCAUCAGAUACGGUUACCGGAGGGACACCUCAAAGAACUGUAUAAAGCAACAGGUGGACCCUAUGGAUCCCUAGGAGUAGAUUAUGAAUUUGAAAAACUUCUGUGUAAAAUAUUCGGAGAGGAUUUUAUCGAACAAUUCAAAAUCAAGCGUCCCGCGGCCUGGGUUGACUUAAUGAUUGCGUUUGAGUCUCGCAAAAGGGCGGCUGCCCCGGACCGAACUAACCCGCUGAACAUCACCCUGCCCUUCUCCUUCAUCGACUACUACAAGAAGUUCCGCGGGCACAGUGUGGAGCACGCCCUGAGGAAGAGCAAUGUGGAUUUUGUGAAGUGGUCCUCACAGGGCAUGCUGAGGAUGAGCCCAGAUGCCAUGAAUGCACUUUUUAAGCCGACCAUCGACAGCAUCAUUGAGCAUCUCCGGGACCUCUUUCAGAAGCCCGAGGUGUCCACCGUCAAGUUCCUCUUCCUGGUGGGCGGCUUUGCGGAGGCGCCCCUCCUACAGCAGGCGGUGCAGGCCGCCUUUGCUGACAAGUGCCGCAUCAUUAUCCCUCAGGACGUGGGCCUCACCAUCCUCAAGGGCGCCGUCCUCUUCGGCCUGGACCCUGCCGUCAUCAAGGUGCGCAGGUCCCCGCUCACCUACGGGGUCGGGGUGUUGAACCGCUACGUGGAGGGCAAGCAUCCGCCCGAGAAGCUGCUGGUGAAGGAUGGCACUCGCUGGUGCACCGACGUCUUUGACAAGUUCAUCUCUGCCGACCAGUCCGUGGCCCUGGGUGAGUUGGUCAAGCGCAGCUACACCCCAGCCAAGCCCUCUCAGCUAGUCAUUGUCAUCAACAUCUACAGCUCUGAGCGCGACAACGUGAGCUUCAUCACUGACCCCGGGGUGAAGAAGUGCGGCACGCUCCGCCUGGAUCUCACGGGGACCAGCGGCACCUCUGUGCCCGCCCGGAGGGAGAUCCAGACCCUCAUGCAGUUCGGGGACACCGAGAUCAAGGCCACGGCCGUCGACAUAGCCACCUCGAGGAGUGUCAAGGUUGGGAUCGACUUCUUAAAUUACUAAGUGGACUUCCCUGACGCCUGCCCCCUUGGACUCAGCUCACCUGCAUCCGCUGACCUCAACCCUGACUGUCCUUCCCCCUGCCCUUGACCCUGCCAUGACUCACCUGAAUUUCAGCAGGGAAGAUAGACCAGGGCUAGAAUUCAGGAGUUUUGAGGGCACACUGGAGUCAGAAAAACUGUCGGGAAAUGAAGAUUGAGGUUUGGGAAUAAGAAAUUCAAGGAUUUUCAAAGAGCAACUGGCUCUCCUAGGUCCAAAUGGUGAAACACCCACCCAGCAAGGGAAUCUGCAUUUCCAUAGUGAUGGAGCGCGCUCUGAACACAUCUCCGUCAAGUAGAACUUAAGAUGCCCUAGUGCUGUCCUUCUACAUUCGCAAUAUCUUUGAGCCAGGAGGAAAUUCUUCAUCUCUUUGAGGCUUUUCUUUUUACAUGUUUUUGGAUGGCAGUCAAUAUAAAAUGCCAGCCAUCUGCAGUUAAUUUCUUUGCCUCGUCAUGUGAUUAAAAGUGGAGGUUUAGUGGGAACUUGGAGCGUUUUUCGCUGGUGGGAGAAGACUGCCUACACUAAGCACUAUUUUAGGUUGUCAUGAUUUAAAUUCCAAAUAGGUUCAGUGAAUAACUGUAGCCUUAGCUAAUCCUCUAGGAUUUGUGGGAGUGGGAGGGCUGCCAUCUCAGUUUUUCGGGAGGUUAGAAACUCUCUUUGAUGGAAAUGGAUAUUAAAGACCUACUGCUAUAUCCCAAAUCAGAUGCUGUAUAAUUUUUGACAUCAGGAUGCCAAAUCCUGAUUUCUGAAUUCAUCAGUAAUUUUGGUUAAGCUUAGUAGGAACUGUGUGUGAGAAAAUGACCAAGCUCAGGAGUCUGGAACGGCCCCUCACCUUGAAAAACAGGCAUGUUUUAAAUGAACUCGUCCUCCCUGCUCACCCUCGUCCCCCUACAAGUUUUGGCCAUUUAGUUCCACAUUUUGAAGGGAAAACAUUGGUGAUCCCUGGGCAGAGAAGCUGUUCUAUAAAAUGUUUCAUUAAAGCUUUCAGGUGUUAAAGCCUGUCCAAAAGGAAUUCGUAGCUCUCUACUUGGUAAAUUAAGUCAGGUUUUCAAGGCAGAUAUGUGGCUUGCCCGCAGGAGGGCACUUGCUAAGACAGGUCCUGGAUCCUGCCCGUUUUCCGAACUGAAGUCAAGUGUUGGAGAAGAGGACCAGAAUCUGCAAUUUGUAGUAAACACCACAGGUGACCGUGGUUCAGCUGAAAGUCCUAGUUGAGGUUUUGUCUGAAGCUGAGAGCAGACCAGAGCUUGUGGCCUCUGGUCCUCCCUUUGGGCUCCCUUAGGGAGCCGGUUUACAUGAAGAACGACGGUCGCACACUCACCCUCUUGUCAGUGGGGCUGGGGCCCCACCUGGCUUGGGGAUGGCACUUUAAACCCCCACAGGAAAGCCACCCUAAGAAAAGGACUGAGUGAGGAACCAACUGGUUGGGUCUGUGUUCUCUUCUUCCUUCUGCACUUGCAAAGCCAGUUUUCUCCAACAUACUGGAAACAACUGAGGAAAAAGAAUCAAGAAUCUGACUUACAGCCCGUCUGAUCUGUUCAAAGCUGUCUUUUCCACCUGCUGGAGUUCAUUCCAAUUUUAAACCACUGGAGGUCUGCGUAAUGAAAGAAGGGAGGAUGAGCGAACUAACUUCGAGUGCAAGUUGGAUUCACAAACCCCAUUGUCACAGCCAAUGUGCAGAUUUUAAAUAGCAUUUCCAGUUUCGUUCUAACAUGUCUGCUAUUUCACCUCGCCUGCUGCCGAAUUACCUACUAGAAUGUGAAAUACAACAACCUACAGAACUAGAGGACACUGGUCACAUAACUUAGUCACAGGAUUUCUCAUCCAGGCACAAAGGUGUGUUUGUUAGGGUUCUCUUGCUGCCUACUCUGCUUCAAAGCUACACGUUCUGGGUCUUUCUUUGGUGUUGCCAGCCAUACUCUCUCUACUAAUAAGACUUCUCAAUUUAGUUAUAAUAUAAUUUUAUGUACAUACAAUAUUAGAAUAUUGUACAGAAUCUUUAUUUCUACAAUGUGCUUUUCUUGUUUAAAAAAAAAGAAAGGAAAAUGCUCUUUAAGUUUUGUUGGUGACAUAGCUGCCUUUAAUUUUCCACGGUUUCAUUUCUUAAUUGUGCUUACUAAUCGAUGUGUACCGAUACUAAGCCAUGGACUAUAUAUGCAAGACUGAGCAAUAGACAGAGGUGCCUAAGGUCAGAAUACUCUGAACACAUAGACCGCCUGCAUCAGUGGCUUCAUCAGACCUUUCUACACACACACAUCCUUCCCAAAGGUUCACAGUUUAUAUUUAAAGGAGCAUAAUAAUGUAUCGAUUCUCCUGUCCAGUUUUUGAGAGCUGAAUGUCCUGGUUCUGUAAGCAUUGUGAUUGUGCAGAAAAACCUACAAAAACUCUUUGCAUCCCUGCAAGGUUGUCAGCCUUUCCUUGUGGGCAAAGCAGUCACUCUGAGGGCAAAGUGUGGUCUACCGUGUGUGAUGUUUUCAGUAUACAGGGUCAAAGGAGGGAAUCAGAUGGUGCACAGACCCAGCUUUUCUAUUGGGUUAGGUGUAAGUGUGGGUAGUAAAAGUCAAGUUCUCCUUUUGGGGCUAAUGUAAGGCCUUUCCCACCUUGCAUUAAGAAUGUCUCCUUGUCUACUAUUUCUCUUAAAAUGUGCUGGUUGAAAUCUGUACUGUUGGCAAACAGAUGACGGCUAGGGGAUGGGGGCGAGGGGCGGUGACAAUUUUACUGGACUUUCUUCUAGCCCCAGAGAUACAGCCCUAAUAGUCGAACUCCUUUUAAAGAGAUUUUGAUGGAUCCCCCAAAUCCAUCCCUCUCCUUUCCCCCCCCCCCCCCGCUAUGGAAAUAUUCUAGAAUAAGAGCACUGGACGAGUACACUUGGACGCAUUUUCUAAUCUUAGAAAGUUUCUAAAAGGCCUGUUGUCUUGACACAUUACUCAGUUGUCCCCGGCUUAUUAUCUGACGUUCAUGUUUCUUGGAGGCAGAACUGUCAAAGGAUUUCCUAUGCGACUGCCCUUUCUGUGCGUGGUAGGCAAUAAUAAAUGCUGAAUGCCGGCCCAGGUACAGACAGUCAGGAGAUGGGCAAGGGGUGGAGACACAAGCAUUUGUGUAGAGUGACGGCUAACACGAGUCCAGAUGACAGACCCCGCCCUACCCCUAGAACGUUACUUAGAUCAAGUUUAGCUUUUAGAGCCCAAGUCUGGGUAAUUGCCAGGGUGGCAAAGAAUCGCAUGCACCCAUAUAAACAGGAGUCAAAAUGCAUUAUUAGUCGAUGAUCGAACUUCACGUUGUAGAGAUUAAAUAGCUGUGAUUAAGCUGCAUAUUUAUGCUGGGAAAUGGCUGAAAUGGAUGACUCGUAUAAAAGUUCUUGGCCACCAUGUGACACCUCUCAUCUGCUUGGAAUAUGGAACUAUAUUCUAAAACGGGUCUUGUUCACGACAAGAUAAAUUCAGACUUCACAGAACUUUGCAGCAGUUCACAACUUGACAAGAUUGUAUCUGCAAAUUCUGUCUUCACAGAUGUCUAAUAAAGUAAAACUCUGGA